CCCAUCCGAUAUAAACUAAUCAAACAAAAAACCGCAUUCAACAGAGCACAGCAAUCGCAUCCAUGGCUCCGAUCGCAGUAGGUGACUCCAUUCCCGAUGGAAACGUGUCGUUCUUCGAUGAGAAGGAUGAGCUCCAGACCGUGUCGAUCCACUCGCUCGCCGCCGGAAAGAAGGUCAUCCUCUUCGCGGUUCCCGGCGCCUUCACCCCUACCUGCAGCAUGAAGCACGUUCCUGGUUUCAUUGAGAAGGCGGAGGAAUUGAAGGCGAAAGGCGUUGAUGAAAUCAUCUGCAUCAGUGUGAAUGAUCCAUUUGUGAUGAAGGCGUGGGCAAAGACCUACCCUGACAACAAGCACGUCAAAUUUGUGGCUGAUGGCUCUGCAAACUACACUAAAGCACUCGGUCUUGAGCUCGACCUCACCGACAAGGGAUUGGGCGUUCGCUCCAAGAGGUAUGCACUACUUGUUGAGGACCUCAAGGUUAAGGUAGCCAACAUCGAGGCCGGCGGUGAGUUCACUGUCUCGGGUGCUGAGGAGAUCAUCAAAGCUCUGUAAUCUUCUGUGGUAUUGCUUCAUUCUAUUGAAGUCUCCCUAUGUUUUGACGGAGAUAUUUACAUGAUUUUGUAUCCCGAUGCUGCUGCAGUGUUUGCUUUUGAAUCUUGCCAAUAAAAUAUUGCUACGAAUCUUUCUAUC